CCGCAUCGCAUCGUCCGUCACCCCGUCACCACCAUGAACCGCAUCUUCGGCACAAACAAGGCGCGCCCAAAGCCGUCGCUGACCGACGCCAUCACGUCGACUGACAGCCGGAUGGGCGGGAUCGAGGUCAAGAUCAAGAAGCUGGACAACGAGCUUGCGACUUACAAGGCGCAGAUGGCCAAGUUGCGCGAUGGGCCCGGGAAGUCGGCGGUGCAGCAGCGCGCGCUGCGCACGCUUAAACAGAAGCGGAUGUACGAGGAGCAGCUGAACCAGCUGCAGCAGCAGACGUUCAACAUGGAGCAGGCGGCGAUGACAACGGAGAACCUGAAGAACACAAUGGCGACGGUCGACGCGAUGAGGAUCGCGAACAAGGAGAUGAAGAAGCAGUACAAGGGGAUCAACAUUGACAAGAUUGAGUCCAUCCACUACGACAUGGAGGACCUGAUCGAGCAGGCGAACGAGAUCCAAGAGUCGCUCGGGCGGAGCUACUACGUCGCGGACGAGGUGGACGAGGCGGACUUGCAGGCCGAGCUGGACGCGCUCGGGAUGGACGACGAGCUGCUCGGCGAGAACGAGACGCCGAGCUAUCUGCAGGACAGCACGGCACUGCCGGACUUUGUCGAUGCUGCGCCGGUGGAGGAGGAAGUGAGUGAGGGCUAUGGAGGGAGCUGACAACAGGCGGCCAAGGAGCCGACGGCCGAAGUCGCGCGUUAGAGUAGUCGAGCAAGCGAGCAACGGUGUCCGUGGUCAUGACCUGC